AUGAAUAAUAAAGACAAGGGAGGAGGUACGGAAGGAGGAGGAGGAGGCCAGACAAACGACAAACAGAAAGCUGACGAAGUCGGUGAUGAAGAAAAGAGGAGCAAAGACAAACACAACAAGCUGGAGAAGGAGAGCAGCGGGAAGGAGCUGAACGGAGACUCCAAGAAGGAGAACCGGCGCUGCUGCAGGAGUGGCUGGGCUCUGACAGAGCGCCUCGCCAUCAACGUGUCGGGGAUGCGUUAUGAGACUCAGCUCCGUACGCUCGCCCAGUUCCCAGACUCCAUGCUGGGAGAUCCCCGCCGCCGCAUCCGCUACUUCGACCCCAUGAGGAACGAACUCUUCCUGGACCGGAGCCGCGCCUGCUUCGACGCCAUCCUCUACUUCUACCAGUCGGGUGGGAGGCUGCGGAGGCCCGCCAACGUCCCUCUGGACAUGUUCCUGGAGGAGCUGCGCUUCUACGAGCUCGGAGAGGAGAUCAUCGACCGCUACAAGGCGGACGAAGGCUUCCCCAAGGAGGAGGAGAGGCCCUUGCCGACCAACGACCUGCAGCGCCGCCUCUGGAUGCUGUUUGAGUAUCCGGAGUCGUCCGGUGGAGCUCGGAUCAUUGCCAUCAUCAGCGUCAUGGUCAUUGUGAUCUCCAUUCUCAUCUUCUGCCUGGAGACUCUGCCGGAGUUCAGGAUUGAGAAGGAAAGGAGGGAGCAGUUCAGCACCAUACCUCACCCCACCUUAGCCAACGAAACCAUCUUGAUCCCACCUGGCUUCACCCCCUUCCAGGACCCCUUCUUCAUCGUAGAGACAAUCUGCAUCAUCUGGUUCUCAUUUGAGCUCGUUGUGCGCCUCUUCUGCGCUCCGAGCAAGGUGCAGUUCUUCAAAGACGUCAUGAACAUCAUCGACUUCUUCGCCAUCAUUCCCUAUUUCGUCACCUUGGGCACCGAGCUGGUCAAGGACAAAGGCGAUCAGCCGUCCGCGUCCCUGGCUCUGAUCCGGGUCAUCAGGCUGGUGAGGGUUUUCAGGAUCUUCAAGCUGUCCCGUCACUCCAAGGGCCUCCAGAUCCUGGGCCAAACACUGAAGGCUAGCCUCCGAGAGCUCGCCCUGCUCAUCUUCUUCCUCUUCAUCGGGGUCAUACUCUUUUCUAGCGCUGCCUACUUCGCAGAGGUGGACAGUCCCGGCACGGCGUUCACCAGCAUCCCCGAGUCGUUCUGGUGGGCCGUGGUAUCUAUGACCACGGUCGGCUACGGGGACAUGUACCCAGAGACGGUUGGGGGCAAGCUGGUGGGCUCCAUGUGCGCCAUCGCCGGCGUGCUCACCAUCUCUUUGCCAGUGCCCGUCAUCGUGUCCAACUUCAGCUACUUCUACCACCGAGAGAUGGAGUGCGAGGACACGACAGAGUACAACCACGUCUCUACGUCUCUCUGGGACAGAGAUGACAAUGAAGAGGGGGAAGACGAAGAAGGCGUGAACGAGGGGCAUGAACACAUGGGAGACUAUGCGCCCUUGUACGGGCAUGACAGCGGAGGUAUCUGCCCUCCGCUCAAUGGGACUCUCCUGGCGGGGCUUUGUCCCGGACAGAGAGCUGGUGAGCCAACAGGGAUAAACUUUUACCUCAAAGAACCUCUGGUCACUCAGGUUUGACAGACAGCAGGACAGACAUUUGACACUGCCUCACAUCAAGAAAAGGAGGACAAAGACUGAAAGAUACUGACAGAGAACAAACAACAAGUACACUUGCACUGAUAUCAGCUCUCAGUUG